CCACACACACACACACACACACACACACUGAGAGUGAGCGAGGAUCUCAGUGCGCAGUGCGGAGCUGAAAACAUGACUUUGCUAAGCUUUGCAUGGAUCAUCCGGGUUUGUGCAUGAUGCAUUAGACACACACAGGUGUGAUUUGACGGAGAUCAUGCGCUCGUGCGUCCCUUCGCGAGGAAAGUGUCUUCAUGAGUGUCCAAAGUAACAGCAACAGCAGUGGAAGUUUGGACGGAGCGCCAUCUUGCUCUCAGUUCUCGACUGGAUCUCCGACCCCGGGCUCAGUUUCUCCGCUCGAUAACUGCGCUCCGCGGAGGCGUAAGGAAGGUAUGGAUGAACUGCAUUCUCUGGAUAGACGGCGGCAGGAGCUUUUGGAGGCACGUUUCAUCGGAGCAGUUAGUGGAAAUACAGGAGGAAGCACGGGGAGCGCGAGCGGAGGACCUAAAGGGUUGAACAAUAACGAAUGUUCCAGUCACAGUUUUGGCAGCCUGGGGUCAUCUAGUGACAAGGAGUCUGAGAACUCUGACGUAAAGAAAGGAGGAUCACCUGCAUAUUCAACUCCAGAGAAGAAGCACUCCGAGUCAUCCAGAGGAAGAAAGAGGAAGGUUGACAACCAGUCAGAGAUCAGCCAGGGAAAGUCUUCCGGCCGAGGGCCCAAGAUCAGCGAUUAUUUUGAUUUCCAGGGAGGAAACGGGUCCAGUCCAGUCAGGGGGCUUCCUCCGGUCCUGCGCUCGCCACAGAACUCUCACUCUGCACCCGGCUCUAUCGUCAGGCAGAACAGCUCCUCACCCACAAGCUUGUGUUUCAUGGAUCCCAUGAUGAACCCGAAACUGCUGAGCAGCAGAAGUGUCCAGACGGAUUUGACACUGUUGAAACUGGCUGUACUUGAGAGCAAUAAGAAUCUUGAUCUUGAGAAGAAGGAGGGCAGAAUAGAUGAUCUACUCAGGGCGAACUGUGACCUCCGCAGACAGAUAGAUGAGCAGCAGAAGCUGCUGGAACGUUUCAAGGAGCGUCUGAACAAAUGCACUACGAUGAGUAAAAAGCUGCUCAUUGAGAAGAGCACUCAAGAGAAGCAGUCCUGCCGUGAGAAGAGCAUGCAGGACCGGCUGCGUCUGGGGCAUUUCACCACGGUCCGGCACGGGGCGUCCUACACCGAACAGUGGACAGACGGAUAUGCCUUCCAGAACCUGGUCAAGCAGCAGGAGUGGAUAAACCAGCAGAGGGAAGAGAUCGAAAGGCAGAGGAAACUUCUAGCGAAGCGCAAACCUCCCAGCACACCCUCCUCCCAGAGCCCGACCCCCAAUGAGUCCAAACAGAGAAAGACCAAAGUCGUCAAUGGAGCUGACAACGACCCCUUCCUCAAACCCAGCCUGCCUACACUGCUGACUGUGGCAGAAUAUCACGAGCAGGAAGAAAUCUUCAAACUGAGACUGGGGCAUCUCAAAAAGGAGGAGGCAGAGAUCCAGGCGGAGCUGGAGCGGUUGGAGCGCGUGAGGAAUCUGCACAUUCGAGAACUUAAAAGAAUCAACAAUGAGGACAGCUCUCAGUUUAAAGACCAUCCAACCCUUAAUGAAAGGUAUCUUCUCUUACACUUGCUAGGAAGAGGAGGUUUCAGUGAAGUUUAUAAGGCAUUUGACCUGUUUGAGCAGCGAUAUGCUGCUGUGAAGAUCCACCAGCUCAACAAGAACUGGAGAGAGGAGAAGAAAGAAAACUACCACAAACAUGCCUGUAGAGAAUAUAGAAUCCACAAGCAACUGGACCAUCCCAGAAUAGUCAAACUCUACGACUACUUUUCCCUGGACACUGACACAUUCUGCACUGUUCUCGAGUUCUGCGAGGGGAAUGAUCUCGAUUUCUAUCUGAAGCAGCACAAGCUGAUGUCUGAGAAAGAGGCUCGCUCCAUCGUCAUGCAGAUAGUCAACGCCCUGCGAUACCUCAAUGAGAUCAAACCGCCCAUCAUCCACUACGACCUGAAACCAGGAAAUAUCCUGUUGGUGGAUGGAACGGCAUGUGGGGAGAUAAAGAUCACAGACUUUGGCCUGUCUAAGAUCAUGGAUGACGACAGCUACGGAGUGGACGGGAUGGACCUGACAUCACAGGGAGCAGGAACCUACUGGUAUUUGCCACCAGAGUGUUUUGUCGUUGGUAAAGAACCUCCAAAGAUCUCUAAUAAAGUAGACGUGUGGUCUGUGGGUGUUAUUUUCUUCCAGUGUCUAUAUGGACGAAAGCCAUUUGGCCAUAAUCAAUCCCAGCAAGACAUCCUUCAAGAGAACACCAUCCUGAAAGCCACUGAGGUGCAGUUUCCUGCCAAACCUGUGGCGAGCAACGAGGCCAAGGCGUUUAUCCGCCGCUGUCUGGCUUACAGGAAGGAGGAUCGCUUUGAUGUCCACCAGUUAGGCAGCGACUCGUACCUUCUUCCUCACAUGAGACGAUCCAAUUCAUCGGGGAACUUGCAGGCCACACUCGCAAGCUCCGCCUCUUCAGGAAUCAUCUCCUACUGAUUGGCUGAUCAAUCAUGAUUGAUGGUUCUGAUGGCGAGUUCCCUCCCUUCGUCACCUCGGGGUGGACCGGAAAGGGGGAGGGGCUAUAAAUGUCAGCUUACAGGCUGUAGGACACGCCCACAUUGGCCAUAGUGACUGCCAUUGAUAUUGGGGCAGGGAAUGGCUGAUGUCAUUUCCUGUGUGGAUCCAGAUGUCAGUCAGAGCUAGAACCAUUUGAAAAUGGAUAUUUGUUUUUUACCCAAGGCAUUUUGUGGAGUAGAUUUGGGAGGGUCACGCUAACAUUUAGCUUCUUGUUGAUAUCCUCCCUGAGCUACGCCUCUGUAACGGGGU